CCAUAUAGGAAGCUUGAAACCUCGUAGUUUGUAGGCACAGGGGCAGGGGAAGCAAUGGCUUUACAAAUGAGCUGUCAGAACAACAGGCAGAAGCAUGUCGAUUUGAGUGAUGGUGGAGGAGAAAAAUGGGUCAAAUAUUAUUCUUCACAUCAUCAAAUACUGUUGGUGGGUGAGGGUGAUUUCUCCUUCUCCCUUUGCUUGGCUCAAUCCUUUGGUUCAGCUUUCAACAUCGUUGCUUCUUCCCUUGACACCUAUGAUCAAGUUGUGAGGAAGUACAAGAAGGCGAUGUCAAAUUUGAUUGCCUUAACAAAAAUGGGAGCAUGUGUGUUGCAUGGAGUUGAUGCAACCCAAAUGAAAUUUCAUCCAUACUUGGAAAUGAGGAGAUUUGAUAGAAUUAUAUUCAACUUCCCUCAUGCAGGCUUUCAUGGCAAAGAAGACAACUUCUCCAUGAUUCAGAAACACAAGGACCUUGUACGUGGGUUCUUUAUGAAUGCAAGUAGCAUGCUGAGGUCCAAUGGUGAAAUUCAUGUUAAUCACAAGACCAACCCGCCAUUUGAUGCCUGGUGCAUACCGGAACUUGGGAUUCGAAGCUUUCUAUGGCCAAUUGGGUGUAUGGAAUUCAGGAAAGAAGAUUACCCGGGUUAUAAUAACAAGCGAGGUGACGGGACCAGGUGUGAUGAGCCUUUCCCCCUCGGUAAGUGCAGCACGUUCAAGUUUGCCUUGUUAACAAAGAAUGACUUCUACCCCACAAGCCAAACAAUUCUGAGUAAUCAUCACUACCCUCUGAUAAGCCUCAAUCCUCACUCACCACCGUCAGCAAUUAGUUGCAGAAAUGGACACCUUCCAAUGUUAGAAGGAGGAGGAGGCUACUUAAACGGUGGAAUAGAUUCUGGGAAGAGUGGUGAUAUUAUGUUAUGA